AUGGAUACAAAUACUUUUUCUCUGGAAGAAAUUCGUCGUGAACUUGGCCGUUUAGGUUAUGAAGGUCUAUCAAAACAGACGCUUUUAAAAUUUCAAAAUGAUUUAGACGAAUUAGCACAAAAAGAAAAACGUCAAGAUUUGUUCGAAGUAAAAAAGUCUGGUUCCAGACUUCAAUCGAAUGUUGAUUUCACAAUUCACCAACCAAGUCCGUCAGAUAAUGAAUAUAAUCGAAAUGAUGAUGAUAAUGAAAGUCUCGACGAAACCAAUACGCCAACCAUAUCAAGUUUUCAUUAUCGACCAAAACUCAACGAAGAUGAUAAUCAAAGUGAUACAUCAUCACAGAAAGUUAUUAAACGAAAAGUUCUUAGACAUUAUAAUGGUAGACCAACUGUAUGUGAUGAAUCAAGAUCAGAAACAGGGUCUGUGCUUGAUUCACGUGAUUCAAGCUAUUUGAAUGAUCUUAAUUAUAAACAAAAGCGGGGACGUCGACGAAUCGAAUCUGCAUCCGAUAUCGAUAAUCAAUCAACAUUCAGUGAAGAUACUCGUUCGACAUUAUCAAUUCAUCCAGUAAAAUCAUUUAUUCGUCCAUCGACAGCAUCAACUGCAUCUCUUCGGCGUUCUCGUAGUUUUUCAAGUAGUCAUGUAGAUUCAGUUCAACUUUAUUCCUAUUAUCGACAACAAUGGGCAUCACAACGAGCACCUGGAGAAAAGUCACAUCAAAGUUUACGAUGGGCCGUUCGUGAUCAGCUCUUACAGAAAGAUGUUCCUGUUAAAAGAAAAUCUAUGCCUCGUGUGAAUAACUAUGUUGUGCCAACAUCAAAAAAACGUUCAGCACUUCGUUGGAAUAUUCGCUAUUCACUUGCCAAUGGUUUACAACCAUCAAGAGAUUUAGAUGAUUUUCUUUAUUAA